UAGCAACCAACACCCAUUUUGAAAACGCCGACAGACUGCAACGGUAUUUCUGCUUGUAUUAGCAAUCUAGCAUAGUUCGUGAUUUCCCUUAGCACGUACGCUAGUAAUCCACCAACUUCUUUUCCUUAGACUUGUGAACAUACUUUACCGAACAAAAGAUGUCUUCCUGCCCAAUGCCACCACCAGCUCUUAAGGACCUUCCACGUGUUACAGGCGAUUUAAAAGGAGAAUUGGAAUCCUUCAAAGCUAGUAGUUUAAAAAAUGCAGAAACUCAUGAAAAAAUUGUGUUACCAUCAGCUGAAGAUGUAGCAGCGGAAAAAACUGAAAAGGAAUUUAUAAACGGCAUUGAACAUUUUGAUCAAAGUAAACUUAAACAUACAGAAACACACGAGAAAAAUGUUUUACCUGAUAAAGAAGUCGUCCAACAAGAGAAAGUCCACCAAAAUCUUCUAGACGGAGUAGAACAUUUUGAUAAGACUUCUAUGAAACACGCAACGACAACAGAAAAAAAUGUUUUACCAGAUCCUGAAGUUAUUCAACAAGAAAAAGGCAAACAAGAGUUGUUUUCUGGAAUUGAAAAUUUUGAUACUAGCAAACUAAGGCACGCCGAAACCUGCGAAAAGAAUCCACUACCAACUAAAGAGGUGAUCGAUCAAGAAAAAAGUGCUUAAGUAACGCAUAAACUUACUUUUAUAUAUCCAUUUGUAUUAUUUUAUACUUUUAUAUUCAAAUUUUGAUAUAUCUAUUUAUAAAUUACUAAUACAUUACCUACUUUAGCAUUCUUACUGGGCCAAAGCUGUAGGCAUAAUGUUAAAAAAAUUGCAAUAAUUUGUACUUAUUUUUGUUUCAAUUAACAACAUUGCUCAUUAAAAUAGUUUUUUUUUUGUUAUGGUGCUUAAAUAAAAAUAUAGAAAAUU